AUGACGGGGCCCCCGGAGCUGGGGGGGAGAAGGGCCCCAGGGGCCACAGGGCCCCACGGUGUUCGAGGCCCGAAGGGGCCGCCCGGCCCGGCCGGGAAGGACGGGCUGCCCGGACACCCAGGACAGCGCGGGGAGCCGGGAUACCACGGCAAGACCGGCCCCCCCGGCCCCACGGGGGUGGUGGGACCCCAGGGUAGCUCGGGCGAGACGGGUCCCAUUGGAGAGCGGGGGCAUCCGGGCCCCCUGGGUCCCCCUGGGGAGCAGGGGCUGCCAGGGGCUGCCGGCCGGGAAGGGGCCAAGGGUGACCCUGGCCCGGCUGGCCUGCCGGGGAAGAGCGGCCCCCCGGGAAUCCCUGGCUUUCCUGGCGCCAGGGCCACACCCGGCGAGACGGGCCCGACCGGCCUGAAGGGCAGGGAGGGGCCUCCCGGGCCCCCAGGCCCCAUAGGCUCCCCUGGCGAGCGAGGCCCCUCAGGAGCAGCUGGAGGCAUCGGGCUGCCAGGCCAUGGGGGGGAGCAGGGCCCCUCUGGUCCCGCUGGGGAGAAGGGCGCCCCGGCACGGGACCCACGGAUCCAGGACCAUCGGGCACCCGGCUCUGCGGUGGAGUACGGGGAGUGCCCAGCUGGCCCCCUUGGGCCCCAGCCCAGUACCAACUGCUCCCUGCCUCCCCUCCAGUAA